AUGCGCAUCCCUCCCCCCGACCACAGUCUGCUUCAAUUCCUCCGGACAGCACUUCAGGUCCACCAUCGCUUCAUUUCCGGCUCCUUGUCUCGUGCAGAGUCGCCAGUCUACGUCAUCGGCAACCCCUCGGCCGACCUCGACUCGAUCAUCUCCUCCCUCGUCUACUCAUACUUUGCGAACAAUCGUGUCCCACGCGACUAUCCACGACCUCAUGUUCCGGUGAUAAACCUCGAUAACGUGUCUGCCGGCCCGGAGCUCCGCAGGCUGCGGCCAGAAUUCAUCAAAGCGCUCGAGCUGUCCAAACGCGAUGUGGGGGAAUCUUUCGAGGGGCCGGUGCUCAAAGAGUACUUUCUGACGGUUGCGGACUUUGCAACGCAAAUAAAGGGGCGAGAAGGAGGGCAAAUACAAGCGGACUCUGUUCUGGUCGACUGGAAUGCACUGCCGGUGCGAUCUUCGGAUGAUCGCUCAGGAAAGGGAUCGCUGCCUGGCUUGCCAGUGGAGUUCACCGUUCUAGGCUGCAUCGACCAUCAUGUUGACGAACAGUUCCUUCCCCCUAUUGCUGGCACGCAACCUAACCUUGUAGCACCCACCGGCUCGUGCUCUUCGCUCGUUAUCUCCGAGCUAGAGAAAAUGGGGAUUUGGCAGAAAUCCCAGGCCGCGUCUGCAGAUGAAGAGCAAUUGGCAAAGCUCGCCCUAGGCCCGAUUCUCAUCGAUACAGAAAAUCUCCAGUCAAAACAUAAAGUGACGAACUUCGACACUUCCGCUCGCGAUUUCCUACUUCCCAAAGCGACUACCACCGAUGCCUCGUGGGAUGUUGAUGAUUUCUACAAUGAGAUCUUCGAAGCGAAGCAGAAUAGUCUAGAACUGCUCACCGUGGACGAGAUCUUUGGCCGAGACUAUAAGGAGUGGGCCGAAAAGCCUUCUAGUAGCACUGACCAAACGCCGCUACAGAUCGGUAUCUGCUCCGUGGUCAAGUCAAUACCCUGGAUUGUUCGGAAGGCCGGAGACUCGCACGUCUUCAUCAAUUGCUUGAAAUCCUUCGCCUCAGAACGCAAGUUGGACUUGGUCGCCGUGAUGACUGCGUUCACUUCGAAGGACGGCCAGUUUUCCCGGGAAUUGCUUGUUUGGGGACUCAACCGCGGCGGUGAGAAUGCUGUAAAAACAUUUAAAUCUAAUGCGAGCUCGGAAUUGGGCUUGGAGGCAUGGAAAUCGCUUGAUGGUGAUCACUAUGCUCAAGACAUCGAAGAUACGAUAAGCACCCCGGAGAAUGGUUCCCACCUUUGGGUACAAACCAACUUGGCCAAGACUAGGAAGCAGGUCGCUCCUUUGGUCCGAGCAGCAGCAGCCUCUCUUUAG